AUGAAAACGAAGCAGAGAGACCAGAGGAAGAAAAAGCUAGUGCUCCACCCCCACCUGGAAACGAAGAGGAAGCUGCAGAAAAUGGCGUUGUGAAAACGAAGGUGGCAGAGGCUGAGGAUGACAGUGAUAGUGAUAGUGAUGAUGAUGAAGAUGAUGUUCAAGUCACCAUAGGGGAUAUUAAAACAGGAGCUCCACAGUAUGGUUAUGGAGCAGCACCUGUGAAUCUCAAUAUUAAGACAGGAGGACGAGCUUAUGGAUCUUCUGGUGCAAAAGUUAAAGGGGUGGAUCUAGACGCACCAGGGAGUAUUAAUGGUGUGCCACUUCUGGAAGUAGAUUUAGAUUCUUUUGAAGAUAAACCUUGGAGAAAGCCAGGGGCCGAUCUCUCUGAUUAUUUCAACUAUGGGUUCAAUGAAGAUACCUGGAAAGCGUACUGUGAAAAACAAAAGAGAAUACGAAUGGGUCUUGAAAUUUUACCAGUUACCUCAACCACAAAUAAAAUUACGGUACAGCAGGGCAGAACUGGAAAUUUGGAGAAAGAGUUGGCAGUGCAGUCGACCAAAGCUGAUUUCACAUCUCCUCCUGCCUUAUUCAAAUCAGGAAUUCCAACAAACAGGAGAUUGUCUGGCACAAUAGAUGUGAUUGGACAGACCAUCACUAUCAGCAGGGUGGAAGGACGACGGCGUGCUAAUGAAAACAGCAACAUACAGGUUCUUUCAGAACGAUCUAAUCCUGAAGUAGACAAUUUUACCAAGCCACCUCCAUUUUUCCCUCCAGGAGCUCCACCUACCCACCUUCCACCACCUCCUUUCCUCCCACCCCCCCCAGCUGUCAGUACUGCUCCACCUCUGAUUCCCCCACCAGGUAUACCAAUAACAGUGCCACCGCCAGGCUUUCCACCACCACCUGGCGGUCCUCCACCUUCCCUCAUACCCACAAUAGAAAGGUGAUUAUCU